AAAACUCAAGGCAGGAUGAUCCACGUGGAUGUCAUCAAACUGUCUUGUGACAUGUGCAGGAAAGUGAAGAUGCUCCAGUCCUCCUGUGGAUUGGUCCUCCAUACAGACCCUCGCCUCGUCACGCCUCCAUCCCUGCAGACAUCAUGUGACGGGGGAGUGGCCGAGAGUCAGGAAAUAACACCGCAGCCUUCAAGUCACAAGAAAAAGCUCUCCAUCAUGGCCUACCAUGCUGGGACCGCAGAGGAGCCCAGUGCUUUGGUCCACAACAUCAGCUCCAACAUCCAGAAGCUGACGCUACUGACCUCGGAGCUGCAGAGGGCAGUUUCUCUGCUGGGAACAGAGCAGGACAGCAGCCAGCUGCAACAGACGCUGCAACAGAAACAGCAGCAUGGCAACCAGCUCGCGAAGGAGACCGACAGACUGAUGAAGGCGUUCAGCGCACUUCCUAUUGGCCCCGAUCAGCGGCAAAGGAAGAUACAGAAAGAGCGUCUGCUGAACGACUUCUCCGCCGCUCUGAACAGCUUCCAGAGGAUCCAGCGGCAGGCGGCCGACGCCGAGAGAGAGUUUGUGGCCAGAGUCAGAGCGAGCUCCAGGGUGUCGGGAGGGCAGCCUGAGGACAGCUUUGGAAAUAUGCCUCCGUUCCCCGGGGAUGCCCAGGUGCAGGCUCAGGAUGAGGCCAUCACUGAAGAAGACCUGAGGCUGAUCCAGGAGAGAGAGUCGUCCAUCAGGCAGUUAGAGUCCGACAUCACCGACAUCAAUGACAUCUUCAAGGACCUGGGGAUGAUGGUCCACGAGCAGGGAGACAUGAUAGACAGUAUAGAAGCCAACGUGGAGAGCGCAGACACGCAUGUCCAGAACGCCACGCAGCAGCUGGCACGUGCUGCAGACUACCAGCAAAAGUCCCGGAAGAAGAUUUGCAUCCUCAUGAUAGUGUUGGCUGUAGCUGCUGCUGUUAUUGGACUCAUCAUCUGGGGUGCUACCAAAUCAUCAUGAGGGCUUCUUCUUCUUCUUCUUCUUCUUCUUCUUCUUCUUCUUCUUCUUCUUCUUCUUCUUCUUCUUCUUCUUCCUCUUCUUCCUCCCCUACACCUCUCCUUUUUAGUCACCAGCCUGGACAAAAGGGUGAAGCAACAUCCUUUCCUCUCCUCAUCCUCCUCCUCCUUCUCUCACCCUCAUCACGAGGACAGUCUGUCUUUCCAUGAAUUGAUUAUGAUUAAGAUAAUCGCUGUCCUCGUCGACGGGACUGCACACUUCCUUUGCUGUGAAAGCAAAGCGAGUCCUGGUAGCUCUGCUGUUCACUUCAGCUUCAUUUGAAUCAUUAUUAUGAUUAUUUUUAUUAUUAUUAGGCAUGAUUUACUUUGUGACAGGAAAGACUGUCAGGGGGGAGGUGUAUACACAGGUGGGGUAUUGGGAGUGUUCAGUGGCGGCCAUGUUGGCUCCAAAAAGCUCUUAAUGUUAAAUGAAGUUAAAAGUAGAGACAACGCUUCUGGGUGCGAUGAAGCGGCGCGUCGCUGCAGGUGGGUAAGAGGGGAUUAACCUUCAGAUGUGUCUCGUCAAAAAAAUGUCAUAUUGCUGCCGCUGCUUUCCUUUGUCAGGUUAGAUGUUAUGAGUUCACGUGCUAUAAGCUUCUCUGUAAUGAAACUAUGAAUCAAGUGCACUAUUUGAAUUUGGAGGUAAACAGAAGUCAGCCCAUGUAGCCAAACUGCAUUCCGCCUAAUCGCAGUGCAGCCAAAAUCCAUUUUUUUUGGUCUAUUGUCUCCUGUGUUAUAAGUUAUGAUUAAUUCAGAUUAUAAUAGUUGAUUUCUGUUGUUGAAUUCUAAUCAUAAAUCAAGAAGUAAUGUUCAUUCCAAUCCUAGAUUUUUCGUGACACACUCCAUUAUUAGCCAAUCAUUUCAAGUAAUUAGAAGGUUUUUUUGAUACCGUGUGUACAUGGUGAUUUUUGUUCGGUUGGACUAAUUGUUUUUAACUGUACAGCUUAGAAAGAUUGCAUGGACAUCUUCUUUUUUUUAAUUGAUUUACAUACUUGUCACAUCACAGAUGAUCACACACACAAAGAAUGUACAAAAGAUGUAAGGUGCCACAUGUACAGGCGAAGGUCGAGCAACAGCUGGAGUUGUGUUUUAUUGUUUGUUUCAAUGUGCAGUACUCACGGUAUAUGUGCUUCAUGUAAAAAAGUCCCUGCACACCACACAGGCGUCCUCAGUUACAUGUCGAAGUUGGCCUGUGUUGGUUGACAGCGUGCCUGUGGGGCCUUUUACUCACGGAUUAACCUGCAAUACCUAUUUUUAUUUCUAUACUCCUUAUGUGAAGAAACCAAACUCUUAGUAACCAAAACUAAAGUAUGUUAAAGCAAACACUAAUACUUAUUUUCUACAACUCUGAGACCCAAAUGAAAAGUGAUGAUCACAUGUAUAUUUUGAAUACUGAGAUUAAGCUGCCUACCAUGUGCUCAAUAAAUUACCUGAAUGUACUGAACAAG